AUGGCAGAAGAUAGGUCUCGAACUAAAGCUAAACAACUGAACAAGAGCUCACAAGAGAGUGUUCAUCCGUUUUGUGUUUAUUCCUGUGAUGAAAGGGCAAAGUUCCCCAUUGCCUUGAAAACCAUUGACUGGUCAACAAGCCCACUUUCUUUGGUGUGCAAGCGUGCCACUACUAGUAAUGAAAAAUCCUAG